UCGAGGCAGAGGAAAUUGCUCGAAACGGAGGUGCCAUGCCCUGACCGGAGUCGAAGCCGGAUUACUCAAGAGGGUGGUGAGCGCAGCGGAGUGGUCCUUUUCGACGUGCGCAGAAAUCGCUUGCUGCGUGACUUCGUCGAUCCCCCAAUUUCGAGAGGGCGGAGAGAGAGAGAGCCGUGAAUCGUCGACAAUGGCAUCUGCGGGAGAAGCAGUGGAGCAGACAGCGGCCACGGUGACGGCCAAGACCGUGAAAGAUGUGAGCCCUCAUGAUUUCGUGCGCGCUUAUGCUGCGCAUCUUAAGAGAACGGGCAAGAUCGAGGUCCCGCAAUGGGCAGACCUUGUGAAAACCGCCUCCUUCAAGCAGUUGGCACCGUACGAUCCCGACUGGUACUACAUCCGAGCUGCGUCCAUGGCCAGGAAGCUCUAUCUCCGACAUGGGAUCGGGAUUGGAGCGUUCAAGAAGGUGUACGGUGGCAGGAAGAGCAAUGGUGUCCGUCCUCACCAUUUCGCUACCUCCAGUGGCUCGAUCGCCAGACAUGUUCUCAAGCAAUUGGAAGUUCUUAAGAUUGUCGAGAAGGACCCCAAGGGCGGCAGAAGGAUUACAUCCAAUGGCCAAAGGGAUCUGGACCGGAUUGCAGGGAGGAUUGCUGUCGUACCUGUUGCUUAAGUCUGUAGUGAAAAGGUUGUUCUACAGUAUGACGUGGUCCAUUGACUGCUGCUUCUGUGAUGUUUCCUCUUCGUCGUUGUGUUUCGAGCGUUGGUAAAGAGAAUUACCUGUUUCAAUCGUGUAAGAGAUUCCGGAAGCAUUCAUCCAACGAAGCAAUGUCGGAGAGUCGGUGUCUUUCGUUUGUUCCUUGGUUGUGGAUUUGGAGGGGUGGGGGGGUGCGUGGUCGAGAGGGAAGGGGGGGUUGGGUCAUUCAUUUCUUCUCUCUUGGGUAACGGAUCGAAUUAUUACCAUACCGUCUUUUGAAUGAAUGGAGUGUUGAAUUGAAUGCCCAAGCGGGAAAUGGGGCGUCUGGUCCGUCAUGCCGAGUUCAAGAAUGGAACAGAAAGAGGUUGUGUUGAAAACGUUUAGGGUUCUGGUCGAAAAGAUUUAGGGUUUGGUGUUGUGCAUUGUCUUCUUCACCGAAAAAAAGAAUUGCGUCAAGCUUUUGGCUGAAAUGAUUUAGGGUUUGUUGUUGUGCGUCGCCCUUGACAGGGCCCUGCUUUUCUUCUGUAGUUGGUAAUUGUGAUGUCAUGUUUUUAUGUCAAACCACGAGCCAGCUUGAUCCCUCGUCCGAGCCGGUUGUCGGAGAGGUGACCGUCCGUGCGGUCUCCGUCACACAAACACAGGGAGAGAGAGAGAGAGAGAGAGAGAGAGAGAGAGAGAGAGAGAGAGAGAACUCCGGGCGGGUGCGACGGGCGGCAGGCGGGGAUGUUCCGCGGGCUGCGGACGGAAUGAGGCCGGGCGGGCGGAUGGUGGGGUCGGUCAUACAGGUGGAGGGACGGAGACGACGACGAUGUCGUGCGAGAGAGAGAGAGAGAGAGAGAGAGAGAGAGAGAGAGAGAGAGAGAGAGAGAGAGAGAGAGAGAGGUGGCGAGAUGCGGGCGGGCGUGACGGCCGGGAGGCGGUGACUUGCUGCUGGUGGCGGAAAUGAGAUGCGGCGAUUUCGUCCAAGAGCGAGAGAGAGACGCAGGACGGGGCUCCGGGGCGUUCCCGUCUACGUUCGAAUAGGAUCUACGGUCACGAGGGGGGUACAUGAGGGCCGAAACUGACCGUACGUUCUAUUGGGGUGAAGACGGGUUCGAGUAGCCGGGGCGGCGGAGUGGAUGCGCGGGUUUGGGCGGCGGCCGCGACAUCGGAGAUGACAGGCGUGAUUGCCGCGAUUUCGAAUGGAUGCGCGAGACACAAAAGAUGGGGAUAGAGGCGAGUUUGGCGAGAGAGGAAGGAAGAGAGAGAUCUCUCGCUCGUAUUCUCGUGUCGAGGACAGGUGGGUUGAAGGCGUGCGUAAGGCGGGUAGGCGAGGAUGUGGGUAGGGGAGGGUAAGGUGAGGGCGGGAAAAAGGUGGGUCGGAGGUGGGAAAUCUGUCGGGAUGGAGGUAUUAAGGAUGGGAAUGGAUGCGAGACGGAGGUAGUGUAUCGACGUGAAGGAGGCGAUAAGGAGCCGUGCAGCGGCGUGAAGGAGGCGGCGGGAGUUAGGCGGUCGGUGCGCAGCACCGGGCGUAGCGAGAUCGCAUGGGGACAGUGAAGGAGGCUGGCAGCCGUAUACGAUGCCAGCUUUCGCGGGAUGGGGGCGCGACGCUGGAGAGAGAGAGAGAGAGAGAGAGAGAGAGAGAGAGAGGUUCUCAAUGCGUACGAGAUGCCAGCUUGAGUGGGAAGUGGGCGCAAAGCUGAGUACAUUAAAAACAAGUCUAGAUCAGGUUUUGUUGUGUCUAUUUUCGAAUCUGGGAUGGUUGAGUAAGA